AUGCUGACGGUCAUCGUCCUCAUUUUCAUCACCUAUGCACUUUACGUGCUCGAUCCUGCACAUGAUCGAUCAUCUCCAAGUCCGUCUCUACCUCUCAAUCCUAGCAACAAACAAAAGGUCUUUAGCGAUUAUGAAAAUGCGAGGAGAAUCAAGCAUGCGGCGAGCAAAGAUCAGACGGGCCAGAACGCGACACCUCUCGCGGAGCCUCUAAGCCCAAGACCAACAGGCAAAACCAGCAAGGAGCCGUCCAUGAGCAAUGAAGAGAAGGAAGGCAAGAUGAAAGUCGGACUCGGCAAUGCUGUGGGGUCAUCCCAAUCGCAAGGCAGCUUGAGCGACGGCAGAACGAAAGGGGCUAUCAAGCAGACCAGCUCGAUCGAGAAAGGAGGGCCGGACAGCCAGGAGCUAUCUGGCCAGAAGGCUGAUUUUAGCAAAGAUCUUCCCGUUGACGGUAGGCUAGAAGAAUUAGAGAACGAAGUGAAACUGGCUCUCUCUGGAAAUAAAAACAAGGCUUUCCCAGUUUCGGAUUUACCUGGAGAUGAGAUUGACUAUCCUAGGAAGGGUGGGAAGAAAUCAAGCGGAAAGUACGAAGCUACGAAGGUUCCAAAGACUGGAAAAGUGGGAUCUGAGAAGCUUUCAGGCGUUGCUCUUAGGGAUGAAGCCUUCGCAUCUCCUCACAAAGACCAGACCACCACGGGAGGCAUGGAUGUUUUCAAGAUUAAAAAUGCAGAGAGUGGUGAUGACGAAGAUGAAGUGCAUGGUACGCUGUUAUCAUCUUCAAAGGUCAACACCCCUACAACGGAAGUGACUGGCACAAAUAUGACUAGCUCACCGAAUAGAGAUCCAGAGGACUCAUCCAAAUCUCGCAAGAAGAUCACUCCAACUGAGACUAAUCCAAAUCCUGACAUAAAGGUGGAGGAUAUCGAUGGUUCAUGGGCUUUCAAUGUGAGACGGGACGGUAACAAUUUUGGUCUGUCCAAGGAUCAGUGUCUUUCAGCAUUCCCGAAAUUAUACAAACAUCUUGAGGACAUGGUGGAGAGGUUCAACAAGAACCCCAUCACCAAAGUCCAACUUGACGCCAUACAGUCGGAUGUUAAUCGAGUCAAAGCUAUGAUCUAUGAUGGAGAGCUAUAUGUUCUGUCUGAUGAGGGCCUUGAGGAACCUAAUACCAGGGGUAUGGCUACUAUCAACGCCAUAAACCGUGCAUUGGUUGCACACCCUGAUCGCGCGAAUUUGCCCAAUUGUGAGUUUGUUUUCUAUACACAAGAUGGCCAGGCAACGGAUGAAGGCGUCCCUAUAUGGGCUUACACGAAAUCAAAGGGCAUAGACUUUGAGCACGUUUGGCUAAUGCCAGACUUUGGAUUUUUCAGCUGGCCUGAGCCAAAGAUCGGUUCUUAUAGUGAGGUACGCCGGAAGAUCUCAGAGAUUGAUGACCAGAUUCCGUUCGGUAAAAAGGAAGACAAACUCGUUUGGAGAGGAGCUAAUCUGACCGAGCAACGGCAUUCCUUCAUUCAGGCUACACAGGACAAGUCUUGGGCAGACAUCGGAGUCCUCGACUGGUCCGACGAGAGCAAUAUCAAGAAUAAAUUGCUGCCUAUUGCAGAGCAUUGUAAAUACAUGUUUGUAAUGCACGUCUCCGGAUAUGCUUGGAGCGCGCAAGGAAAGUACAUGCACAACUGCAACUCUGUCUUCGUAACGCACCAGCUGGAUUUCGCAGAAAUCUAUGACCAAGUUCUUGAGGCUUCGGGUCCAGAGCAAAACUAUGUCAAGGUCAAGGAUGAUUGGUCAGAUCUCGAGCAGCAGAUUGAAGCCCUUCGCAAGAAUGUUAAGCAGGCACAGCAAAUCGCCCACCAAAGCACGAAAGUCCUACGCGAUCGAUAUCUUACUCCGGCUGCAGAAGCGUGCUACUGGCGGGCGUUGAUCGCAGCGUACGGCUCAGUCAGCUUUGAGCCUGACUUCUAUGAGCCCAAUGAACACACAUGGCGAGGGGUUCCUUUUGACUCCAUCACGCUCACACGACGAGUCAAGUGGGUUGCUCAUUGA